AUGUAUACAGGCCCUUCUGACUCAAGAAUGAGUAUGCUUGAAACUUGGAUGCGUCAAUUCUUUCCAACUACAAGUUCGAGAGCCAAUACCCUAACGGACGGUAACACAAAGCGGAGUUUCAAACUUCAGGUUGCAACGGAGAUAUUAUCCAAGAGUCACGCAAAAAAUCAUGCGUUAAGAACCCAUCUAGCAUGCUGA